UUCGAGCCAAUUGCGAAAAGCCUGAUUUUCACGCGAACAAUUCAAAGCUUCGUCCUUUGAAGCUCUACUGUUUCAGUGUGAUUGCAGUCUUUCGUCUCGAGCAAAAAACCCUAGGAGCAAGCAAACAUGGGGGAAACUGAGAACGGAAAAACCCUAGCAACAGACGUAGAGGAACCCCAGAACGGAAAGCACGUAGCAACAGACGCGGUGGAGCCUCAGAGCGGCAACGCAAGCUCUGCCGUAGCGGAGAGCGAGGAGGAGCCCCUGGUGGGUCCGGGCCCAGCCCCUCGCUCUCGGCCCAAGCGGCCUCUCCAGUUCGAGCAUGCCUACCUCGACGCCCUUCCCUCAGCUCAAAUGUAUGAGAAAAGUUAUAUGCACCGUGACGUGGUUACACAUGUUGCUGUGUCUUCGGCGGAAUUUGUUGUAACUGGAAGUGUUGAUGGGCAUUUGAAGUUUUGGAAGAAGAAGGCUAUUGGCAUUGAGUUUGCAAAGCAUUUUAGGUCCCACCUGGGUCCAAUUGAAGGCCUAGCUGUUAGUGUUGAUGGUUUGCUUUGCUGUACAAUUUCAAAUGACCACUCUGUGAAGAUAUAUGAUGUAGUCAAUUAUGAUAUGAUGGUCAUGAUUCGAACACGUUUUGUUCCUGGUGCUGUUGAGUGGGUCUACAAACAAGGGGAUGUCAAAGCCAGGCUUGCCAUCAGUGAUAGAAACUCGUCAUUUGUACACAUUUUUGAUGCACGAGCUGGUACAAAUGAACCUAUAAUCUCUCGAGAGAUACACUUGGGCCCAGUGAAAGUUAUGAGGUAUAAUCCUGUAUUUGAUACAGUGAUAUCAGCUGAUCAACAGGGAAUAAUUGAGUAUUGGAGUCCUGCUACGCUUGAGUUUCCAGAGGAUGGGGUGAAGUUUAGAGUGAAAAGUGACACCAGUCUUUUUGAAUUCUUGAAAUGCAAAACUACUGUUUCUUCUAUUGAGAUUAGCCCGGAUGGUAAGCAGUUUUCAAUUACAUCGCCUGAUCGCAGGAUACGUGUGUUUUGGUUUAGCACGGGUAAAUUGCGACGAGUCUAUGAUGAAUCUCUUGAGGUGGCCCAAGAUCUCCAAAGAAGUGAUGUACCUUUGUACCAACUGGAAGCUAUUGACUUUGGGCGAAGAAUGGCUGUUGAGAAGGAAAUUGAGAAAACAGAAUCUGCCCCACAGCCAAAUGCAGUUUUUGAUGAAAGCUCAAAUUUUCUCAUAUAUGCGACUCUCCUUGGGAUAAAAGUGGUAAAUUUACACACUAAUAAAGUUGCCCGAAUUCUUGGAAAAGUGGAAAAUAAUGAUAGGUUUUUGAGAAUUGCCCUAUAUCAAGGUGACAGAAGCAGUAAAAAAGUCAGAAAAAUUCCCGCAGCUGCAGCAAAUGUGAAUGAAAGCAAAGAGCCUUUGACGGAUCCCACUCUCAUAUGUUGUGCUUUCAAGAAGCAUAGAAUCUAUCUGUUCAGUCAGAGAGAACCAGAGGAGCCUGAAGAUGCAACUAAGGGAAGAGAUAUAUUCAAUGAAAAGCCUCCUGCUGAUGAACUCUUGGCUGCAUCAGAUAUUGGCAAAUCAGUCACAACAUCUCUUCCUGACAAUGUGAUUUUGCAUACUACGAUGGGUGACGUACACAUGAAAUUGUAUCCAGAGGAAUGCCCUAAAACUGUGGAGAACUUCACAACACACUGCCGGAAUGGCUAUUAUGAUAACCUCAUAUUUCAUCGAGUGAUCAAAGGUUUCAUGAUACAAACAGGAGAUCCUUUAGGAGAUGGUACUGGUGGGCAAUCUAUUUGGGGAAGGGAGUUUGAAGACGAGUUUCACAAAAGUUUACGACAUGACAGGCCUUUCACUGUAUCGAUGGCAAAUGCGGGAGAGAACACAAAUGGAUCUCAAUUUUUUAUCACCACGGUGGCUACUCCUUGGCUUGACAACAAGCACACAGUUUUUGGCAGAGUUAUCAAGGGAAUGGAUGUCGUACAGGCUAUAGAGAAAGUGAAGACAGACAGGGGAGACAGGCCCCAAGUAGAUGUGAAAAUUCUAAAUGUUACUGUCCCUAAGUCUUAAGAUUCUCCCUUCUGAUGAUGUUCCGUUGGAAAAUGGUUGGCGGUCGUUUUGUUGAACCUUGCCUGUAAAAGAUUGCACUCAGGGGGGAAAAGAAAAGAACCUUUAUAUGGUCUAUGUUUUGGUACGAUCGCCUAUCAAUCAUGAAGAAGUUGAGCAUGUAUUAUGUGGGAUUGCUUCCAAGUCGGAAAAACAUUCUUCUACUUGGUUGCUUGUAACUUCACUUAUUCUGAAGUUUGAUUAGUUGCUGCUGUGUUCCUUGUUAACCCUUGUUUUUGGAGUGAUUUUAGCCAAUUUGAAGUUUCAUCCUUUGUAGAUUGUUGAUUUCUGUCAACUCAAAGGCUAUGCUCCCUUGGACAUGCACACCUUGUGUUUGCUAAGCUCAGUCUGUUAGGGGUCUUGAA